UCUACGCCGCCGAGCUCGGGCGUCUUGGCGGCCAGCGUCGUCGGUCUUUCGGGAGAGUCUUCCGCCAGUUGCCUCGUAUUAGACUGGACAUGUUUUGGAUUUCCAUUGCAUGUACGCCCCUACCCGACGAGGAAUGUGCCAGACCUUCUCAUCUAGGCCACCCACAUCCUUUCUCAUUCUAUGUUUUACGGUCUACGCAUCUGUACUUCCUACCGAGUUGGCAUUGGCUUAUCGUCGUCGAGGCAUUGGAGAGACUCGUCGUCAUACGUCACCAGCCAUGAGCUACACUUAUAUGGCGCAACUAGACAUUCACUCAGUCGAUUCGGACAGAAAGGCAGCCAUCUCAACAUUUGAGACCCUUCCUUUCGACCCUCUUUUUGUAGAGCAUAUGGUUGGUGACACCCAUUUGUCGUUGCCCAGCCUAGUUCACCCCUCCCUUCGGAUCGACAAAUAUGGAUCGCAUGGAUGUCACUGUCGCCCGAACGGCUCGUUGUGUUUGCAAUACAAGGCAUAAGCAUCAAGUAUACCUUGGCUGCCACGUUUUUGGGGCGCAUUGCGGUUGUUGGCCAUGUUGCACUCGGUUUAACAAAGGUCCUUGGAGGCGCUCAUCUUCGUAGCACUGGUGCCCGUCCUGGCAUAUCUCGACUCACAUGUCUUGGAGGAAGGCCUGUGCUGCCUGAAACCGCCAGAUAUUUGGAGGCGUA